AUGCGCGACACUGAAGCUGCUGGUGCUGCGGCCACGACCUACCUGUGUGUUAACAACGAUUCCGCCGUUGCCAACAUAAGACUAUCAUGUCGUUAUCACCGAUAUUCCCUCCACCACUUCCCUCGUCCGCCGAAACAAUAUCGUGAUAUUGCGUACCGUGAACGUGCGUGUCCUUCGCAUUUUCCCCCUGAUAAUACCGUCGGCUCGCUGUUACAGUCGAAAUAUGAUUCGCAAGUUCAUUACCAAACGGCGAAAUCUGUCUUUGUCGAAAAUCCUCUUUGCGUCCUUCUUUGGAGUGGUGGGAGGCGUGUACGUUUGGAAACCAUUUUUCGAAUCGUUGGAUUCCGAACGUCUCGAAAAAACCAAGGAAGAAUGAAUCCAAACAUUAAGAACACACAAGCAGUUCGACCUGGUGGUCCCCUGACAGGUAAUGUUAGCAAAAUUCUUGCAUUUGUUGGUUUGGGCUGGUUUGCCUCUAUGAUUCUAUCACGGUAUGUGAUAAAACCACUAAAAAGAAAGGCUCAAAUGAAAGAAAAUGAAGAACUUAUGGACUUUCUUUAUGAAGAACAAUUAAAACAAAAUAGUACACAAAAAAAAUUUGAAAUAUGAAAAAUUUAAAUAAUAUUUUUUUUCUAUACUU